UUUUCUUCUGCAAAUAAUUUACUUUAUUUUGCAAGAAAAAGCUGUCAACACCGUUACUAUGCAGUUACGUCACGAUCACUAGGCAAUUGGUGAUCCUCGGAUAUUAUCGUCCGUUACGCAUGGUUUCUAGCCACCAUGCUAUCAUUAAGCCGGGUAUCAGUUCUACCAACGGUAUAUAAGCACCGAAAGUCCGUGCAAAUUUCUCUUUCUCGAUUCAACACCGAAGAUAAACUACGCUGCUAAAAGCUAAAUUUCACAGCUGUAAACUCUAGUACUACGUUUGUCAUGCCACGUGGUCGAGGCGUACGGAGGAGGAAUAUUGCUGCUGCUGGGCCAAGGCAGCAAGGUGCUGCGGGUAGGAAUCGUAAUGCUAGGCGGGCUCACAACGUAAAUAAUGCCGAUGUCAAUCCUGUCAACGAUGAUGUAGUUGCCGGUCAAAGAUUGGUUGAUUCACAUUGCCAGACGGACUCUCCACCCUCUCCAAAUCCGGUGGUAACUGCACGGGGACAGAAGCGCACGAGCGAGGACCUCGAUGGUGCAAGCAACAGCUUAUUACAGCCAGAUGCGGCCGCUUGGAUACUGGGUGAUUCCAUCCCUUAUUGGGCCGGGAUAAGAGCUGAAGCUACUGGAAAACCCAACCUUCGCUUGCCAGGUAAGACAAUUGCCUGGUGGGCCGUCAGGGGUCUGCAUUGGUUCUCUUUUCGCCGCACUAUUGAGGCUGCAGUCCUGCUCUCAUCCCCACCCAAAGCCAUUAUUAUUCAUUUAGGGGGAAAUGACUUGACCUCUCUUUCAAUUUUUCAAAUUAAAAACCUAAUCAACAGAGAGGUUAAAUACCUAAGAACAGCUUUUCCUGCAGCAACAAUUAUUUGGAUCGAUAUACUGCAAAGACGGGUGUGGGAUGGCGCAGUCAAUCCGUGGCGUACCAUAGAGAACAAGCGUACAAGGGUUAAUCGCUGGGGCAGAUAUUUGUUCCGCUCAUCUGGCAAACAUGAUAUUGUAUCUCCUGACAUUGAUUCGGCAACUAAUUUUUGGAGACAAGAUGGCGUCCAUUUAAAUAAUGUCGGUUUAGAGUUUUAUCUAGACUAUAUUAGAGAUGUACUGGAUAAAAACUUAAAGCAAUAG